CUUUUGCCAGUGAUGCCCAACGACAUUACAAUCCACUCGAUAUACAGUUGAAAGGCACGCGAGUCUACGGCCCAGUAGAGGAGGUCGAACGCGUUUUUUUCUUCUCCUCCCCCCUCCCCCCUGACACAUGAAAGUGAAGUGAUUGCACACGAUAUGCGAGGCAUACGUGAUUCAAAAACCAUAAAUAACCGUAAAUUUAAUUCACCAAUGCAAAUGUGAACAAGUUAUUUACGUUUAAAAUCACCUCAACUCGAAAUAUUCGCAUUGUGGAGGGCACAAACGGUGGGGCCGAGAGUCAUUAUUUUGUCACAAAGCUAAAUGCACAGUGGAAAGUACAGGCUGAAGGUGGUAUCAAUGCAGUGUGAAAUAGUGUGCCGGUGAUCGUGAACCCCAAUCAACCACUUAACCCUUUUGUUCAUUAAAAACGGAUUACGAUUCAGGAUAAAGGGAAUAAGUCCCAUUCAGGGAGGAGCAACAAGUGUUAUUUUUGUCCGCAAAGGAGUCCUAUUUUGUUUUUUCAAUUUUUUUCUAAAUCGUCAAAAUGCUCAAGUUCAUACGGGGAAAGAGCCAACAGCCGACACCGGAGAGGCAGAAGCUGCUGAAGGAUCUGUUUGCAUUUAGAAAGACUGUCCAGCAUGGUUUCCCCAACAAACCGACCGCUCUUGCGUGGGAUGCGAGCCUCCGGCUGAUGAUCAUCGGCACUGCCUCUGGUGCCAUCAAAGUUUUUGGAAGGCCUGGUGUUGAAUUUUACGGACAACAUUCGACUGAGAGCGGUGAGAAUGCUGUUACCAGAAUCAUUGCACUACCGAAUGAGGGACGUCUCGUGUCGCUGUGCGAUGACAAUUCCCUCCACUUGUGGGAGAUUAAUGAGAAUUCAGUUGUGGAGACAAAGUCAUUGGCACUUGAGGGUAAAUUGAAGAAAAUUUCGGCAAUGUGUCUGGAGUCAUCGGGAGAGAAUUUACUCCUUGGAACUGAGGGGGGCAAUAUUUAUCUCCUGGAUUUGAAGAAAUUUAAAAUGUCUGAUAAUAUUAUUUAUCAAGAUGUUGUUAUGCAGAAUGUCCCUGAGGACUACAAGAAGAAUCCAGGAGCGGUGGAGGCUAUAGCAGAGCAGCCUGGCCAUCCCGACAGCAUCCUCAUUGGUUACAAUCGUGGCCUCAUGGUUCUGUGGAACAAAGCCACACCCGGCGCUCAACAGUUGAUGGGUUUAUUUUCCCGUGCCCAGACAUUUAUUUCUAAUCAACAACUGGAAUCGGUUCACUGGAUAUCUGAGGACAGAUUUGUAUCGUCACACAAUGAUGGAUCAUACAUGUUUUGGAGUCCUGGUAAUGAUUCAACACCCGAACCAACAACUGUUUAUGGACCAUUUCCAUGCAAGGCCAUAUCGAAAAUCUUUGUCUACGGAUUGCCUGACGACGACGAGAUGAUCCUCUUCUCCGGUGGCAUGCCCCGCUCAAGCUACGGAGACCGUCACACAAUAACCGCAAUGACAAAAUCAAAGCACGUGGUAUUCGACCUGACCUCCAAAGUAAUAGACUUCUUCGUUGUCACCUCUAAACCCCCCGUGGAAACGGAGUCCUCAGACGACACCGACGAGAAAGAUCCCUUGAAAAACAUCCCCGGCCCGGAGGCCCUGAUAAUCCUCGCGGAAGAGGAAAUUGUGGCAAUAGACUUGACAGACCCCGACUGGAAGAUGAUGGCCCUUCCGUACCUCGUCUCCCUCCACGCGAGUGCAGUCACAUGCUCCCAACACGUGCCCAACGUCCCCGAGGACCUCUGGAGCUCAAUCGUAACGUCCGGCAAAACACAGACCGAGCACCUCUACUCGGAUAAAGAGUGGCCGAUAGACGGUGGUGUUCUUCUCUGCCAGAAGGGCAACAAGAAGCUGACGGAGAACAAGAGAGAUCUCCUGUUAACCGGUCACGAGGACGGAACAAUCCGCUUCUGGGACGCCUCAGGUGUCACCCUGACCCCUCUGUACAAAUACAGUUCAUCCCUUUUGUUCACGGGUGAGCAUCUUGACGUUCUCGAGCAGUCGCCAGACGACGACGAGGAGGAGUGGCCGCCCUUCCGAAAGGUCGGCACCUUCGAUCCUUACUCGGACGAUCCUCGUCUUGCUGUCAAGAAGAUCCUCCUUUGCCCACUGUCAUCAACCCUCAUCGUAGCAGGCACUGCAGGCCACAUAAUAGUGGCCAAAAUCGUCCCGGAGGUCACACAGAAGCAGAUGAAAGCCGUCACCAUGAACAUUGUCAACGAUCGCGAUGGAUUCGCCUGGAAGGGUCACGACAGUCUCCCAGUGAGAACAGCUGAGAUCUCAUUUUCCACGGGUUUUCAGCCUCAAAAUCUCGUCCAACUUUAUCCACCAGCAGCUGUUACAGCACUGACGAUUCACAGCGAAUGGGGACUGAUGGCUGCAGGAACAGCCCACGGCCUCGCAGUCUUCGAUUACACUCGGAAUAAACCGGUCAGUGUUAAAUGCACAUUGAACCCGAAUGAUCGAUCAGGCUCUGGUGACACACCGAUCUCACGAAGGAAAUCCUUCAAGAAGUCAUUGAGGGAGUCCUUCAGGCGAUUGAGGAAAGGAAGGUCCCAGCGACGAGCUACCACAGCCAGUCCUUCGGGUAAUGUCACCGAGAAGAAAAAACCAGAGCCACCGUCUCCCGGUGGAAUUGGUGGAGAGGGGGCUGUUGAUAUCAGACCUGUUGAGAGACAGAUUGAAGCCCGUCCAGCUGAUGAUUCACUUGGUUCAAUGGUCAGGAGUCUCUACUUCGCUAGGAGUUUCAUCGUCAGCAUGCAGAAUACAACGCCAACACUCUGGGCUGGCACCAACAACGGUACUGUCUAUGUUUUCACACUUGCCAUACCUGCUGGUGUCAGAAGGGCUGAAGAGGACGUUGUUUGCACACUUGGCAAGGAAAUUCAGCUUAAGCAUCGUGCACCAGUGAUAGCCAUUACAAUUCUCGAUGGAUCUAGUGUACCAUUGCCCGAGCCUUUUGAAGCUGAAAAAGGUGUUGCACCUGGGCCAGACAUGACUGCACCUCAUCGCGUUGUCAUUGCCAGUGAAGAGCAGUUCAAGAUAUUCAAUUUGCCAUCAUUGAAGCCAUUCUGCAAGUAUAAACUCACUGCCCAUGAGGGAUCGCGUGUUCGUAAAACAGGUUUUUCCAAGUUCACUUGUCCCGUUGAACCUGCUGGCACUCACGAGGAAACUUGUCUACUCUGUCUCACCAAUCUUGGCGACUGUUUGAUACUGAGUAUACCUGAAUUGAGGAGACAGCUUAAUGCAGCUGCCAUUAAACGUGAGGAUAUCAAUGGCAUUUCGUCACUCACUUUUACCAGAGGUGGUGAGGCACUUUAUCUUCACUCGAGUUCAGAGCUUGAACGCAUUUCACUGUCUGUUAAUAAUGUUACAAAAGCACAUUGUGCCUUAAAUUUACCUCCCAAUGCGAGAUCAACACCGGAGACAACUGUCAGCUCGGUGCAAUCAGUUAAGGAGGGGGAGGGGGAGGGCGAGCAGGAGGGGGUGGUUGAGGGGACUGGGGAGAAGGAGAUUGAGGCCCCAGGGGCGGCUAGGGGUGUCACGGAGAAUGGCAUCGUUGGAUCCACUGGUGAUAAUGACUCUAAAGAGCCAUCAUUGAGGCCAGCAGCGAGCACCAAUGAUAUCAAUGGAGACGAGGAUCGACAGGACAUUAAUUCCAUCGGUGACAUCACUAUCGACAGCGUUAAGGACCAUCUGCUUAACAGUUCACUUUUCAGAAAUGCAACGAGCUCGGAGGAUCUUCAUAACAGGCUUGCUGGCCUCAAGAUGGAAGUUACAUCACGCACUUCGGAGAUAUCAACACAAAAUCAAUCGGUUGUUGUUAAAACAACAACUGUGAUAUCACAGACCUCGAGUAAUGGCACCACUAAUGGUGAAGUUGAAACGAAUCAGAGUAGUGAAUCCCAAGAAGUUAAUAGCACUACAGUAGAACGAGAAAUACGAAGUGGUACCGAGACAACAACAACGCAUGCAACAAUUACACUACCGCCCAAUGUUGAGAUUAGCGCUGCAGAUCUAGCCAACUUAGAAGUCCAAACGAUCACAGUGACAACGGAAAAAUCCAAGUCAACGAUGCCGAGAACCGAGGAAAUAAGCUCUCAGAAUUAAUUUACAGACUGCAUAUUUUCCACCCUCAAAUUACCAGAAAUACUGCAUAUAUUUUAAUGCCCCCAUUAUUUUAUCAAUAAUUAGAAUUUUCCACGAUUAAUCACCGUUGCAAAGGCGAUAGAUAGAAUUUAUACCUAUGCCGAAAUAAAUUUUAUAUCAUGACGAGAAAAAAAAGAACAUUUAGAUUUGUAUGCAGAUUAUAGUAUUACGAGUGAAGUAGCACAUGCUAAAUUUUCAACGAACUCAACGCGUCAAAAGAAAAAAAUUACAUUGAUACAGGGAAUUCUACUGUCAAUGAUUGAGUUUCAAUCACUUGUUUUCAAUAUUCGUGUGGAAAAACAAAAAAAAAAUGCAGGAAACCAUUGACGAAGAGGAUGUACUCAAUUUGUGAUUAAAUAUAUUUUCGUUCGAAUAACUCAUAACUAAACUGUUAUGAUUUACGAUUCAGAUUGUCCAUUUGUCACGAUAAAGUUGCAUUUAUGUUAGGAAUUUACACUUCCCAAGUACCAGUAUUUUUCUUCGUUCUUUUAAUUGUUUGUUUUUUUUUUAUUAAAGAAGGGGUGAAGUAAUAAUGAGUUGAAAGGGAUCUCUUGAAAUGUGCAUUUAUCCCGAUACAGAGUAUUUUCAAUGGAAAAUGUCGAGAGAAAUAAACUAAUUUCACAUUUUCUCGCUGAACAAUUUGUUAUCGUGACAAUUUCAUAUUUAAUGUGGAAAAAUUAACUUUUUUCACCCCUUCACCACUUGCAUUGGUCUUAAUGCUUUUAUUUGCAACCACAAUGUACAUUAACAAUAUGUAUUUUAUCCGUUGAAAUUGUUUAAUACCCGGUAGCUUAACGCCUCAUCUUCGCAAUGCGCAAUUGUUAAGUUUUUGAUGAAAAAAAAAUAAUAAUAAUACUUCCAGUACAGACAGUACGAGUAGAAUGAGACCACCAGGCGAUAGUUUACUUAAUAAAUUUACUUAUAAAUUAAUAAAUAAAUUUUAUCAUACCAUAGAGAUAACGAUUAAAUCCACAGGCCAUACUUCUCGAGGAUUAUUGAUGUUUGUUAGCCAAUAAUAACAUUCCAUAAACAAUAAUUAUAAGAUUCAUGAUUUAAGAUGAAUGAGAAAAAAAAACAACACCGAGAGCUUCGUCGGCAUCUGAUUAACUAUUUUAUUAUCACAACUUUUUAUUAUCUGUAGAUAGUUUAUACGUGGUUACGAUUUUAAUACUUUUUAAAUGUAAAAAAAUUUGAUUAAGUUUUCAGGCCUCUAUUCAACUAAUCGAAUGACAAUACACGCUGACACUUGAUUACAAGUUCAUUCACUCAUUAAACGAAAAAUGUCGAUUAUACUCAAAUGUAAUUAAUUAUCUAACACGACACUGCCCUGACACUGGGAAUUCUUUUUUUUUUCGAAAAUGGUUAAACGAAUUAUUGGCAACUCUUGUAGCAUCACUUGAUUUUUAAUACGAUUAAACGCUUUUUUAAGGAA